UCUAAAAUUCUAAAUUCUAACCUCAAAAGUCAAACUAAAAAAUACAAGGAUUAGGUAUCAUAAAUUAUUUUAUAAAUUUUGUACAACAUCUUUAAAUUUUGAUGUGGAAUUUUCGUCAUUAGUCAUGGCGUCCUCUUUAGAAGAAAAAAUUUUGAACGUGCAAGAUGUAACAGAUUCUGAGGCAUUUGACGAAGUGUUGAUAUAUUUGGAUCAGAUUCAAAUGCAAGACGAAGAGUUCAUGGAGAAACUGUUAGCGAGACGAGACGAUAUGGUUAUUUCAUGGGAACUACCAUGGUAUCAGAAAUCUAAUUGUCUCACGAAAAAAGUGUUCGAUAAUGAACUACUUGAAGAGGCAGAUCAAAAGGAAGCAUUUCGCACAGAUGCUGUAUCAUCAGAUGAAAGUAACAAAAUUGACAAUAAUUGGCAAAAAUUACGAAAGUUGUUUAACUUACCAGAUACACCAAUUUGCCUCGCUCGAUGGAAGAACAUCAGUAAGUCCAGAAAUCCAAGAACAGCAGAGGAGUGCGCUCGUAGGUUUGUCAUCUCUUUUCUGGCACAGGGACUAGAGAGAAAUCUGCAUCAGGUGUACAGACAUUUUGUAGUCCGGUACGGUUAUCACACCAAAGGGCAUUAUACACCUUACGAGGAGAAAAUCAUGCAGAUAUGUUUAUACCAUAUGCCCAAGAAUCCUGUGCCUAUUAUAUCACUUAUCCUAGGGAGAGAUCCUAGAGGCAUUUAUAAAAGAUUGCAGCAGAAUGAUAAAGAACCUUUAAAAUUUGAUAGAAGAAAAUGGACGCUGCCUUUGUCAACACAGUUUUUGAAAUUAUUGAUGAAACACACCGGUUUGCCUUUGAAAAAAUUGAAGAAUAAAACAUUUGACCGGUCAUUGUGGUACAAAUUACAGGAUGAAAUGCAGUAUAGUUACAUCAAUCUGCAGUACCAUUGGUACUAUACACUGCAUGCACAGUUGUUUGUCAAACGUGAUGUCAAAAGGAAUAGGUUGCGGAAAAAAAUAUUUAAAAGGUUGGCGAAAAUGCCAUAUAAAGUUUGGAGUGAUAUCCGUUGGAAGGAAAUGGUGAAAUUCUAUAGAGAUGGAUUCACACAAAUAUUUUUGUAUAGACAAUGCUAUCAUGUGGUUAGGAAAACGGAAAAUUUUAUUAGAAAACCACUAUCAGAACUCAUACCAAUUGCUCUUAAACAUAUUAAAACUUUACAAAGCAAAAGGUUACAAACAUUAAUUUUAAAUGAAAAUGAGGAAUUGGAAGAAUGUAUUUAUAGUGAAAAAGAUAUAGAAGUAUGACUUAUAAACUCUAUUUAUUUUCCAGUAUAAAAUUGGUUUCCUAAUUAUAACUAUUUCAUAAAAAAAUACUUGGGCAGUGUUCAAGUAUUUAGUAUCACCAGAAUUAUAAAACCGCUACUCAGGGUAUUUUUAAAGAGAUAAGACAAAACUUGAAGGUUUUGAAGGUGUAAAAUUAAAAGUCUUCAAAAAUUGUGUUAAGUAAAUACUUGAUCGCUGUAGUCACAGCUUACAGUACCGCGCUUACGGCUCGCCGACCGCUUGCUGACGUGGAAUCCAAAUGGGUCGUUUGCAACCAGCUCGGUCGAGCAGGGAAGUGGGCAUUUUAAGAAUGUAAACGACACUAGCACUGCCACUCGUCAUGCACUUUCGCUGCUCGAGGUGUUAGUGUGAACGCUCAUUCGCGUCGUUACUGCUACAGAAGUAUUCAAGGAAAUAUAUCUAGUAGCAUGAGGAGCAACGGGAGUGGCUAAAUGUAAACAUUUACGGGGUCAGAGGUGAUUGACGACCUUUGCCGCAGAAAC